GUGGGAAGCGUGGCGCGUGCCAAGGCGGGUCGUGCAGCAACAGCCGUUGGUUCUCUGAGCGGUGACCGGGCAGGAAGGAUACUUAAGCUCGCCGGUCGUCAAGAGGAAGCACUCAUCGUGCAAACUCCCCCAGCUACUCGCCCACCCCCACCCGGCACAAUGAACUACCUCGCUCAGGCCGCGCGCCACGCCGGACACGACGACAUGGCCGGCAUGAACAUGACUGCCACGGCGACGGCUUCGGCGGCCAUGUCGUCCGCGACCGCGGCUAUGAGCCACGGCGACCAUGGCGGUAUGGGCGGCAACGCGUGCAAGAUCUCGAUGCUCUGGAACUGGAACACCGUCGACGCGUGCUUCCUCUCCUCGACAUGGCACGUGACCUCGAAAGCCAUGUUCGGCGGCUCGGUCGUCGGCGUCUUCUUCCUGUGCAUGGCGAUCGAGGCGGUGCGCGCCGCCGCAAGGGCAUACGACCGCAAGAUUGUGGCCAGUCGCGUCGCCGCCGCCGUGGAAAAGGGCAACGGCGGGCCUGUUGGCUUGGUCCAGCCUACGCUGUUGCAGCAGCUUGUGCGCGCGCUGGCGUACGGGGUGCAGUUUACUGGUGCCUUCUUGGUCAUGCUCCUCGGCAUGUACUACAACGGCUUCAUCCUCUUCGCCAUCUUCCUCGGCCACACGGUCGGAUACUUUGUCUUUGGGCGGGAUACCGUCGCUGCCGGGUCCGAGCACACGAGCUCGGGGUGUGCGUGCUGA